CGAAAUUUGGGCAGCCCACCCCCCAAAAGGAGACCCUCCUCCCCCGCUAUUGUGGGUGAAGAUGCGCCCGACCCCCUCCUCCUCCUCCCCCUCCUUCCUCUGGGUUUGAAUCUCCCCCUCCCCUCCCCUAUUCCCAGGCUGGUUUUGGGCAGAAGAGAAGAAGAAGAGGAAGAAGAAGGAGGAGAGGAAGAAGAGGAGGAGGAGGAGGAGGAGGAGGCUGCGCCCGCCCCACUCCACCAUUUCCACCGGGGCGGCAGGAUGGGCUCCGUCUCCAACCAACAGUUUGCAGGGGGCUGCCAAAAGGAGGGCGAGGGGGAGGAGGAGGGGGGCCUCUCCCGGGGGGGCUCUCCUCCGCCGGCCCCCCCGCGCCCCGACCACCACGACCCCGACCCCGACCCCGGGGCCCCUCAGGCGGUGCUCCUCCGCGGCGCCGGGAUCUGCAAGUGGUUCAACGUGCGCAUGGGCUUCGGCUUCCUCUCCAUGACCAGCACGGACGGCGCCCCCCUCGACGCCCCCCUCGACGUCUUCGUCCACCAGAGCAAGCUCCACAUGGAAGGCUUUCGCAGCCUGAAAGAAGGAGAGGCUGUUGAGUUCACCUUCAAGAAGUCUUCCAAAGGCCUGGAGUCCAUCCGAGUCACCGGCCCGGGAGGCGUCUUCUGCAUCGGCAGCGAGAGGAGACCGAAGGGGAAGAACCUCCAGAAGCGCCGGUCAAAAGGAGAUCGAUGUUACAACUGCGGAGGCCUGGAUCACCACGCUAAGGAGUGCAAGCUCCCGCCUCAGCCCAAGAAAUGCCACUUUUGCCAAAGCAUCGCCCAUAUGGUGGCCAACUGCCCGGCCAAGACGCAGCAGUCGCCCAGUUCUCAGGGGAAGCCGGGAUACUUCCGGGAGGAGGAAGACCUGCACCGCUCGCCGCUGCUCCCGGAAACCCGGGAAUGACGCCGGGAAAUCUCUUAGGGAUCGGCCGGAUUUUGGACAGGCUUCAGGGCAUCAAGUCAGCAAAAAAAGGGGGAGCAGGGACCAGCCUUUGCCCCCAGACUGAGGGAGGGAGGGCAGGCAGCGGGAAGGGCCAACAGCUCCCACGGCGGGGACGAAAAACGGGGAAAUUCAGGGAUGAUGGGUGCUGAUUCGGGCACAAUUCGGGCACCGUAUUAUGUUAGGUCCCUUUCCGAAAGGAUCAUGGGCGUCUAACACAUUUUCUUCACCCAGUAACCAAAGACAAUUUGGAAACAUAUCUUCAAAAGCCCAAAGCCAACGGUGUGUCUAUAUUUGUGUGAUUUCCUUUAGCCUAAUAUAGUUGGGAGACAGUUAAUAAGAAUAAAACUUUAUUUAUGAUCUAGAAGAAGGAAUUUCAGCCAGCGUUGUUGCUUAUACAACACUUGCCGAAAACUCCCUUUUCUGCUCCAAGUAUUGGAAAUAUCUCCAGUUUGGCCUUAUUAGGUUGUAGGGCAGGAAGCCUGCAUUGAUUGUCUUAUAUUCUCUCCUGGUUAAAAUCAUUUUUAAGGUCGAGCCAUUAUCAUAAUAAUAUAUAAUAAAACUUUAUUUAUAUACCGCUCUUAUCUCCCCGAGGGGACUCAGGGCGGUUUCUGAAAUAAAUACAAAUGCAGAACAACAUGCAAUAAAAUAUAACGAAUAAUACAUCAUAGAUAAAAACAACGAUUUCAGUUAAAAAAUUAUCACAGUCACAGCUUUCGAUACUAAGGAGCAGAAAA